AUGCUUAGCUCCUCUUUCCGAUCAAUAGACUACUGUAUAAAUAAUAACAACAACACCAACACAAACGUCAAUCAAUAUGACGUCAACUCAUCUUGUGGCAGCACCAGCCAGAGAUCAAGGAGAGAGCGACAUCAUCCAUACCUAAGCUACUACUUCCCAAAUUCAGAGAUCCUGUUUGCAAAGAAGGUGUGCAAAUGGGUGAUCGAUAGCAACAACAAUGGCAAGAAUGCCUAUACCACAACACUUCUCCCAAUGGAGAAGAUGGAGAAAGGAUCUUCCGGCAUCCUAGAGGUGAUUCUAACCGAUAAAUAUGUCAGUCGAGUUGGCAUCAGACAGAGCCAAGUCCUCUGGCUAUUCCUGACCAGUGCCAUUGAGACCAUGAAGAUGUACACCGACACCAAGAUCAACAUGGAUGCUGUAUCAAAAAGAUUCAACAUCAAUAGAGAGAACUUGGUCAAGAUGGAGUUGGAGUUCCUUCACUACAUCGACUUUGACUUGAGAUUGGAGGAACAACACAUCAAUGCCUUCCUCACCAGUGUCUUUAUGGAGUUCAACUGCUGCAAUAUCAAGGACAUAACUCAGUCCUUGAUCAGUCAGUUAACCAACCAGACAGCGAUGGAAGAGGAACAAACUCCAGUUAGUCCAAUAAACUAA